AUGAAAUUGACCCUUCGCGGAGAAGGUACCAAGGGUAAAGGGACCCAUGAUCCACUCAAAUUUCUUCCACAAUUGCCCGAUACGCGUGUUAAACCACAAUGGACCACACCUCGUCCAUCGUUAUUCAUUCCUGGUAAACAUAAACUUAACGAAGUUGGCACGGAUAGUCAACGAUUUUUGCAAGAACUAAUUGACCGUGAUCCAAAACGUAAGCGUUUACAAGCUCCACAACGUGCUUCUGAAAGUAAAGCAGAAUCAGCUGUACAUCGAAAACUUGUAGAUACAAAAAAACAACGAGAAGAUUUUCGAAAAGCUCUAGUCGACAUUGUCACAAAUGCUGAUAGUGAUGAAGCGACUAAUCUCAGUAAUUUAUACACAUCUCAAGAGUUAAUUUGUUUUCAGCGUUAUUACUAUUAUAUUCACAAUGGAAUUGACACUCAGUAUGUAGCUGAGCUUGACUCUCAUCGAAUCAAUGAUACAUUGUCUCGGCUUCCAAGUGAACUACGUCGUUCAUGGGAACCAUUAGUUAAUUCUCUGACGGAUGAAAUGAAAGAAGAUUACCUUUUGAGUGUGAAGAAAGCAAUUGUUGAUUUUGUUCUCAGAGAUCCACGUGAAUCGCAAGAGGAGAAAAAAGAAGAGGUACUAAUACAUCGUCAAGAACUGGCCGUGUUACCAAAACCAUGGCACGCAAGUUUUGUUCAAGCACAAAUUAAUAUGGAAAAGAAUCUUCAUUCAAUCAACUCUACAAUGGCACAAGUCCUUAAUAUGUGGCAUAAGAGUGUUUACAAAAUUUUGAAAGUUAUUGAUGUUGAUGAAUUUAAAGAAAGAACAGAAGCGGUUGAAUUAUCAUUCUUUCAUACCGCCUGUAAACGACAUAUGGAUUCAGCCCGAGAACAAUUAGCAAAACGUUGGAUAAGCGAGAUACAAACAAUAUUUUAUCAAGGACAUAAACGUGGUCUCGUACCAAGCCAAGAUGAUCCAAAAUUCAAAUCAUUUUUCAAUACUGUUGCCACAUUAAUGACACAAUGUUUACAAGAUCUUGCUCUUUACACUAUUGAAGAUUUAACCAAUUUACUUGUAACACCUGAAGGGUCAAUAAAAACCUAUGAACACUGUGGAUUUAUUGUUAAUAUGUUUUUAAGCGAAGAUGAAAUUAAAUUUGAACCAUCUUACGAAGAUUUUGAAGUUGUCUUUUUAUCUAUGUAUGAUUCAAUUAUUAGUAAAUGCAGUAAUUUACCGCGAAUUGAAGCAAAAUUAUUUUCAGAUAGAGCACUCAAUCAUGGUGAAGCAAAAAAUUUAUCACCAGUUAUUUUACCAUCAAUACUAGAAUCUCAUAAAGAAAAAGUUCGUACAAUGUUAAAACGAGAAUUUGAGAAACCACGCGAACAUGCACGAGAAUUUGAUUCAUUUUCAUAUUUGAUAACGAAACAAGCUGAUGUAGAAGUAGAACAAUUUCUUAAUACUGAACAUUCAUUCAAUGAUUAUGUGCGAGAAGUAAAAAAAUACAAAUCAAUAAUCGAUGAAAUACAAUAUAAUUUAGAAAAAGUUGUUCGACGUGGAAUGUUUGAAAUACUUUGUAAUGAUUUAAUUAGAGCUCUAGCGAAACGAGCUGAAAGUUGUAUGACAAAAUUACUUGAUCGAAUGGUCAAAGAUCAUAGGGAAUCAGGAGAAGAACUUAUUGGAGAAUUUGAGAAAAUAGCUGAACAAGCGGUACGAACACCUAUGAGUACUGCUGAACUAAUGGAAAUAAUUGCCUUUAUUUCAAAAUCAAAAUCACAAACCAUACCUGAACUAGAAAAACGUCUUGUACAAGCCAAAGAUGAACUAUUAUUUUUAUUAGAUAAUACAGAAUUACCAGCAGCUGAUUUAAGAUUAAAUACAAAUAUGUUUUCAUGGAUUGAACGAAUGCCAGCAGCAUUUGAAGAACACGCAACAAUUGUAAAAGAUAAAACGGAAAGUUUUAAAGAAGGUUUAACAUUAAAACGUGAACGAUUUGUAGAAGAAUUAGAUAAUUAUGCCAAACAAGUUGAAGAACUUCAAGAAUUAGGAAAUAUUAAAGAAUUACCACGUUAUCAUAAAAAAGCACAAUAUUUAGAACAAAAAUUGAUGCAAGCAGCUGAACGAAUUGAACAAUUCAAUAUUGAAGAAGAAUCUUUUGGAUGGGAUACAACAAAUUAUCCAAUAAGACAGCAGACAUUAAAUCAACUUCAACCCUAUUCAAAACUGUAUGAAUCGGGUGUUGACUUUACAACGAAACUUGUUGAAUGGACAGAGGGAUCAAUGACAAAAGUUCAACCCGAUCAAGUAGAACAAGAUGUUGGAAAUUAUGAAAGACAAUUGUUUAAAUUAGAACGACAAUUUGCCAAUAAUCCACAACCACGUAAAAUGGCUAAUCGUUUACGUGUACAAGUAGCAGAAUUUAAAGAAAAAAUGCCAUUAAUUCAGACAAUGUUUAAUCCAGGUUUACGUGAUCGACAUUGGGAACAAAUAGCAGAUGUUAUUGGUCAACCAUUUAAACCGGAUGAAGAAACAAAUUUAAAUAAAAUAAUUGAAAUGGAUAUAAUGUCAUUUAUACCAAAAUUAGAACAAAUUAGUGAAGCAGCAUCGAAAGAAUAUUCAUUAGAAAAAGCCAUGGAAAAAAUGAAAAAAGAUUGGCUAAAUAUUGAAUUUUCUAUUAUACCUUAUCGUGAAACUGGUACAUACGUUUUAUCAGCUGUUGAUGAUAUUCAAUUGUUACUCGAUGAUCAUAUAGUUAAAACUCAAACAAUGAAGGGUAGUCCGUAUAUUGGACCAUUUCAAAAAGAAAUAUCAGAUUGGGAACAUACAUUAACAUUAUUACAAGAUAUUCUUGAUGUUUGGCUUAAUGUUCAGAAAACAUGGUUAUAUUUGGAACCAAUAUUUAGUUCACCUGAUAUAAUGGCACAAAUGCCUGAAGAAGGUCGACGUUUUGCAACAGUCGAUAAAACAUGGCGUGAAUUAAUGAAACAAUGUUUAACAGAUAAACAUGCUUUAGCUAUUGUUAAAAUUGAAAAAAUGCAUGAAAAAUUAAAAAAAUCAGAUGAUUCAUUAGAGUUAAUAUUAAAAGGUCUAAAUAAUUAUUUGGAAAAAAAACGUUUAUUUUUUGCCCGUUUCUUUUUCUUAUCUAACGAAGAAUUAUUGGAAAUAUUAUCAGAAACAAAAGAUCCAACACGCGUACAACCUCAUCUUCGAAAAUGUUUUGAAGGUAUAGCUCAAGUUCAAUUCACUGAAAGUUUGGAUAUAACACAUAUGAAAAGUAGUGAAGGUGAAAUUGUUGAAUUAAAAGAUGUUAUAUCAACAUCAAAAGCGCGAGGUCAAGUUGAAAAAUGGCUUUUGGAAUUAGAAGCAGAUAUGAUUGCGUCGGUACGGAAGGUUAUUGGUGAAUCGAUGAUUGAUUAUCAAAAAAAAAGACGUGUUUUAUGGGUAAAAUCAUGGAUGGGACAAGCUGUUUUGGCUACUACCUGUUAUUAUUGGACAACACAUGUUCAUCGUUCAAUUCGUGAAGGCCAACAAGCUUUAGAAUCUUAUUUACAAUUGAAUAAUGAUCAAAUUAAUGAAAUUGUUGAACUUGUAAGAGGAAAAUUAUCAGAACAAAAUCGUGCCACAUUAGAAGCAUUGGUUGUAUUGGAUGUUCAUGCUCGAGAUGUGUUAACGACAUUAGUGGACAGUAAAGUAUCAAAAGAAGAUGAUUUCUUAUGGUUGGCACAAUUACGUUAUUAUUGGGAAUCGGAAAGUAUGCUCACACGAAUGAUCAAUGCUUCACUGAAUUAUGGUUAUGAAUAUUUGGGAAAUUCAUCACGUCUUGUCAUAACACCAUUGACAGAUCGUUGCUACAGAACAUUGUUCGGUGCAUUAAAUCUUCAUUUAGGUGGCGCACCCGAAGGUCCCGCUGGUACAGGAAAAACGGAGACAACAAAAGAUUUGGCUAAAGCUGUUGCAAAACAAUGUAUCGUUUUUAAUUGUUCAGAUUCACUAGAUUAUAAAGCUCUUGGAAAAUUCUUCAAAGGCUUGGCAUCAUGUGGUGCAUGGUCUUGUUUUGAUGAAUUCAAUCGUAUUGAUUUAGAAGUAUUGUCGGUUGUUGCACAACAAAUAUUGACCAUUCAACGUGGUAUUACAUCGGGUGCUGAAACAAUUAUUUUUGAAGGAACAGAAAUAAAACUCGAUCCAACUUGUGCUACAUUUAUUACCAUGAAUCCCGGCUAUGCUGGACGAUCAGAAUUACCCGAUAAUCUUAAAGCAUUAUUUCGUCCUGUUGCUAUGAUGGUACCUGAUUAUGCCAUGAUUGCCGAAAUUAAACUCUAUUCAUCUGGUUUUGUCAAUGCCCGUCCAUUAGCUGUUAAAAUUGUUGCCACAUAUCGUUUAUGUUCAGAACAACUUUCAAGUCAACAUCAUUACGAUUAUGGUAUGCGUGCAGUUAUUUCUGUUUUGAUUGCUGCUAAAAAUUUGAAGUUAAAAUAUCCUGAUCAAAACGAAGAUAUUCUUGUUUUACGUUCAAUUAUCGAUGUCAAUCUACCAAAAUUUUUGGCUCAAGAUUUACCACUGUUUGCUGGUAUUACAUCUGAUUUGUUUCCUGGUGUCAAAUUACCAACACCUGAUUAUGAAGUGUUAAAUGAGGCUGUUGAGCAGUCAUGCCGUGAUUCUAAUUUACAAUGUACACAAUUUUUUCUUGAAAAAAUACAACAAAUUUAUGAAAUGAUGAUUGUUCGACAUGGUUUUAUGAUUGUUGGUGGUCCCAUGGGUGGAAAGACGAGUGCUUAUCGAACGUUAGCAUUGGCAUUGGCUAUAAUUCAGGAGAAAGGUCUGAUGGGUGAAAAUAAAGCAGAAUAUGUCGUUAUCAAUCCAAAAUCUGUGACAAUUGGCCAACUGUACGGAGCAUUUGAUCCGGUCUCUCAUGAAUGGUCUGACGGAGUACUGGCAGUAAACUACAGAAAGUUUGCCAUUUCAACAACUCUUGAUCGUAAAUGGUUAAUAUUUGAUGGUCCUGUUGAUGCUGUCUGGAUUGAAAACAUGAAUACUGUACUCGAUGAUAAUAAAAAACUUUGUUUAAUGAGUGGUGAAAUAAUUCAAUUAGCAAAAACAACAAAUUUAAUAUUUGAACCAAUGGAUCUUGAACAAGCAUCACCAGCUACUGUUUCACGAUGUGGUAUGAUUUAUAUGGAAUCAGCAUCAUUAGGAUGGCGUCCAAUGUAUCGUUCAUGGUUGAACGUAUUACCAUCAACAUUAACGGAUACUCAUAAAAAAUUAUUAACAGAAUUAUUGGAACGUUUUGUUGAUCCAUGUAUAUCUUAUAUACGUAAAAAUUUAAAAGAAUUAUCACCAUCAAGUGAUACUAAUCUUGUACGAUCAUUAAUGAAUAUAUUAGAUUGUCUAUUUGAUAAAUUUCAAGAUCCAAAAAAAUUUCAAUCAUAUGUAUCAAAAGAAGUGUCUACGUGGAUAGAGGGUAUGUUCUUUUUCUCAUUAAUAUGGUCAAUUGGUGUUACGGGUGAUACCAAUAGUCGAGUAAAAUUUGAUAUAUUCUUACGAAAAAUAUUAACAAGUGGAUUAGAUGAUGAAGAAAAGAAACAAUUUGGAUUAUUGGAUGCUGUACCACCACCACCGAAACCAUAUACAGCUCUACCUCCAGAAGGAUUAUCAAUUUAUCAUUAUAAAUUUGUUUCAGAACAGCCAGAAGAAGAUACUGUACGAGAGAAACCAGCAGAUAGCGAAGAAGGAAAUCAAUAUUGGGAACCAUGGAGUUGGGCAUUAUAUAAUGCAAUUCCAAUACCAAAAGAAGCAUUAUUCAAUGAGAUUAUUGUUGAAACAUUAGAUACUGUUCGAUUUACAGCAUUAGUCGAGAUGUUAGUGACACAUCAAAAAUCAGUGCUUGUUGUUGGACCAACAGGAACAGGAAAGUCGGCAUAUAUUAUUGAUUAUCUAUUGAGAAAAUGUGAUAAAGCUGUUUAUAAACCGAUUAUGAUUAACUUUUCUGCUCAAACAAGUGCUAGUCAGACACAGGAUAUUAUCAUGUCUAAAUUAGAUAAAAGACGAAAAGGCGUGUACGGACCACAUGUUGGUCAGAAAUGUGUCGUUUUUGUUGAUGAUCUAAACAUGCCACUAGUAGAGACUUAUGGAGCUCAACCACCAAUUGAACUGUUACGUCAAUGGCUCGAUCACGGAAACUGGUAUGACCGAAAAGAUCAAUCACGAAUUGGUUUGACAGAUGUUCAAUUGAUCUGUGCCAUGGGUCCACCAGGUGGUGGACGUAAUGCUGUAUCGGCCAGAUUUUUGCGUCAUUUUAAUACGUUGGGAAUAAAUGAAUUUGAUGAUAAAGUUAUGACAACAAUAUUUACAAAAAUUAUGGAAUGGCACAUUGCAGCCAAAAAUUUUAAUGAUCAGUUCAAACUAGUUAUACCAAUGAUUGUUCAAGCAACAUUAAAUAUUUACAAAGCAUCAUUACAAAAUCUAUUACCAACGCCAACAAAAUCUCAUUAUAUAUUUAAUUUACGUGACUUUUCUCGAGUUAUUCAAGGUAUAUCAUUAUCUGAUCCGGAAAGUGCUCCCGAUCCGGCUGCCAUGAAACGUCUAUUUAUUCAUGAAAUUUUACGAGUAUUCUAUGAUCGUUUAAUUGAUGAAGUUGAUCGAAAAUGGUUUUAUGAACAAGUAAUUAAAACAACAAAAGAAGUGUUACGAGAAAAUUUUCAUCAAUUAUUAGGACAUUUGGAUGUGGGAAAAUUGGGAACAGUUACUGAAGAUAAUUUACGUAGUUUAAUCUAUUGUGAUUUUGGUGAUCCAAAAAAUGAAUUAAAACGUUAUUUGGAAGUAACAAAUUUGGAUCAAUUACGAACAUUAACCGAACAAAAUUUAGAAGAAUAUAAUCAAAUGUCAAAAAAACCUAUGAAUUUAGUUUUGUUUAGAUUUGCCAUUGAACAUGUAUCACGUGUUUCACGUAUUGUUAAACAACCUAGAAGUCAUGCAUUAUUGGUGGGUGUUGGUGGUUCAGGACGUCAAUCAUUGACACGUCUAGCUGCUCAUAUGGCUGAAAUGGAUACAUUUCAAGUUGAAAUAAGUAAAUCGUAUACAUCUAUUGAAUGGCGAGAAGAUUUAAAACGUGCACUAAGAAAAGCCACUGAAACAGAUAAUCAUUUGGUAUUUUUAUUUUGUGAUACACAAAUAAAAGAUGAAUCAUUUUUGGAAGAUAUUAAUAAUUUGUUAAAUAGUGGUGAAGUACCAAAUUUAUUUCCAGCCGAUGAAAAAGCGGAAAUAUGUGAUAAAAUGCGUGUUCUAGACAGACAAAAAGAUAAAGCAAAACAAACUGAUGGUUCACCAUUGGCUCUAUUUAAUAUGUUUAUUCAACGUUGUCGUGAUCAAUUACAUAUUGUUUUGGCUAUGAGUCCUAUUGGUGAUGCAUUCCGCAAUCGUUUACGAAAAUUUCCAUCAUUAGUCAAUUGUUGUACAAUUGAUUGGUUUCAAAAAUGGCCCGAAGAUGCUUUAGAAGCUGUAGCACAAAAAUUUUUAGAAGAUAUUGAAAUAAAUGAUGAAGAACGUCGAUCAUGUAUUGAUACGUGUAAAUAUUUUCAUGUAUCCACGGAAACAUUAUCAAAACGUUUCUUAGCCGAACUUGAUCGACAUAAUUAUGUAACACCAACAUCCUAUUUAGAAUUAAUAAAUACAUUUAAAUCAUUAUUAGAAAAACGUCGUACACUGUUAACUGCAGCUAAAACACGUUAUGAAGUGGGUUUAGAGAAAUUAGAAAAUGCCGCAUCACAAGUCGGAAAAAUGCAAAAGACAUUAGAACAAUUGCAACCUCAAUUAGUGGAAAUGGACAAAAAAGUGGAUGCUGCUUUGGUUAUUGUUGAAAAAGAAAAAACCGAAGCUGUUCGACAAGAACAGAUUGUACGAGUUGAUGAAGAAAAAGCCAAUGAACAAAAAGCAAGUGCCGAUGCUAUUAAAACAGAAUGUGAUUUAGAACUCGAACAAGCAUUACCAGCGUUCAAAAAAGCAUUAGACGCUUUAAAUACGAUUAAGCCUGAUCAAAUAGCUGAAAUGAAAGUCAUGCGUAAUCCACCAGUACCAGUGAAAACCGUGAUGGAAGCCAUUUGUAUACUGUUGGGUCAGCCUCCUGAAAAAGUUGUAGACCCCGCCACUGGUCAACGAAAAGACGAUUAUUGGAAAACUUCUGUCAAAGUAUUAGCUAAUGUGAAUUUUUUGAAGAGUUUAAUGAGUUAUGAUAAGGAUAAUAUUCCAGCAGCAUAUAUGAAAAAGAUUCGACAAGAAUAUGCCACAAAACCAGACUUUCAACCGAGUGCUGUUGAAAAAGUUUCCUUGGCUUGUAAAGGUUUAGCAGAAUGGGCACUGGCUAUGGAUAAAUAUGAUGUAGUGGCCAAAGUUGUAGCACCGAAAAAAGAGGCAUUAGCCGCAGCUGAACAACAAGUAGCAAAAGCCGAAGCAAUAUUAACAGAGAAACGUGCACAUUUGAGAGAAAAAUUAGCUGUUUUACAACGUCAAUUAGAUGAUAAUUUAGUGAAAAAAGAUGACUUAUCAAAACAAGUAGCAGAUUGUAAAACAAAACUGAUGCGUGCUGAAACACUAAUUGGCGGUUUGGGUGGUGAAAAAAAUCGAUGGAUGACAGCAGCUAAAGAUCUCGGUGAACAGUAUGAUAAUUUAAUUGGUGAUAUACUCUUAUCAUCGGGAAUUAUAGCUUAUCUUGGAGCAUUCACAGCCGUAUUUCGACAAGAUCAAAUUAAUGAAUGGAACAAAUUAAUUGAAGAGAAAAGUUUACCAAGAUCAAAACAAUAUUCAUUAGUUAAUACACUUGGCGAGCCCGUUAUUAUUCGAGCUUGGAACAUUGCCGGUUUACCAAGUGAUAGUUUUUCAGUUGAAAAUGGUAUUAUUUUAAAUAAUUCUCGACGAUGGCCUUUAAUGAUUGAUCCACAAUCUCAGGCAAAUAAAUGGAUAAAAAACAUGGAAAAACCAAAAAAUUUACAUAUUAUUAAACCAUCUGAUUCUGACUAUGUUCGUACACUUGAAAAUUGUAUUCAAUUUGGUUAUCCCGUAUUGAUGGAAAAUAUUGGCGAAGAAAUUGAUCCACUAUUAGAACCACUUUUAUUAAAACAAACAUUUAAACAAGGUGGUAGUCUUUGUAUUAAAUUAGGUGAUAGUGUUAUCGAAUAUGCACCCGAUUUUCGAUUUUACAUGACAACAAAAUUACGUAAUCCACAUUAUUUACCAGAAACAGCAGUCAAAGUUGUUUUAACAAAUUUUAUGAUUACCGAAGAAGGAUUACAAGAUCAGUUAUUGGGUAUUGUUGUUGCACGUGAACGUCCUGAAUUAGAAGAAGAAAAAAAUUCAUUAAUAUUACAAGGUGCUGAAAAUAAACGAAUGUUAAAAGAAAUUGAAGAUAAAAUUUUAGAAGUUUUAUCGGGCUCAUCAGGAAAUAUUUUGGAAGAUGAAGCAGCAAUAAUUAUUUUAUCAAAUUCAAAAAGUUUAGCAAAUGAUAUUAAUGAAAAACAAGUGAUUGCUGAAGAAACAGAGAAAAAAAUAGAUGCAGCACGUCUCGGAUAUAAACCUAUAUCAAUUCAUUCAACAAUAUUAUUUUUUUCAAUUGCUGAUUUAGCUAAUAUUGAACCAAUGUAUCAAUAUUCUCUUACAUGGUUUGUUAAUCUAUUUGUUGCAUCAAUUGAAAAUUCAGAAAAAUCUGAAAUAUUAGAAACACGUUUAUUAAAUUUAAAAAAUCAUUUUACUUAUUCAUUGUAUUGUAAUAUUUGUCGAUCAUUAUUUGAAAAAGAUAAAUUAUUAUUUAGUUUUCUAUUAUGUGUUAAUUUAUUAAAACAUGAUCAUAAAAUUGAUGAUGAUGAAUGGCGAUUUUUAUUAACGAGUGGUGUUGCAUUAACAAAUACAUUUAGUAAUCCUACAGCAUGGUUACCACAAAAAUCAUGGGAUGAAUUAUCACGUUUAAACGAUUUAACACGAUUUAAAGAUAUAAGAAAAAAUUUUUUACAACAAAAAGAUGCAUGGAAAAUUGUUUAUGAUAGUGCAGAGCCACAUCGUGAACGUUUUCCCGAACAAUGGCAAGAAAGUUUAGGGGAUUUUCAACGAAUGUGUGUUAUCAGAUGUAUUCGACCUGAUAAAGUGGUACCAUCGGUUCAAGAUUUUGUUCGUGAUCAUCUUGGACAAAAAUAUAUUGAACCACCACCAUUUGAUUUACAAAAAUCCUAUGUCGAUUCAACAUGUACUACACCAUUAAUAUUUGUUUUGAGUCCAGGUGGUGAUCCAAUGGCAGCAUUACUCAAAUUUGCUGAUGAUAUGGGCUUUGGUGGUUCAAAAUUGAAUUCAUUAUCACUCGGUCAAGGUCAAGGAAAGAUUGCAUUAGGAUUAAUACAAGCUGGACUCAAAGAUGGAUCAUGGGUAGUGUUGCAAAAUUGCCAUUUAGCACCCUCUUGGAUGCCUACAUUAGAAAAGAUUUGUGAAGAAUUAAAUCCGGAUACAAUUCAUCCUGAUUUUCGAUUAUGGUUAACAUCAUAUCCAUCAACAACAUUUCCCGUAUCGAUUCUACAAAAUGGUGUUAAAAUGACAAAUGAAGCACCAAAAGGACUUCGUUUUAACCUAUUAAGAUCUUAUAUGACAGAUCCUAUUUCGGAUCCAGAAUUUUUUGGUAGUGUCAAACAGUUAAGACCAUGGAGAAAACUUUUAUUUGGAUUAUGCUUCUUUCAUGCAUUGGUACAAGAACGUCGUAAAUUUGGACCAUUAGGAUGGAACAUUCCGUAUGAAUUUAAUGAAACCGAUUUACGUAUAUCUGUUCAACAAUUAAAUAUGUUUUUAAAUCAAUAUGAUGAUGUGCAAUAUGAAGCAUUAAGAUAUUUAACUGGAGAGUGUAAUUACGGAGGAAGAGUCACAGAUGACUGGGAUCGUCGAACAUUAAAAACAUUAUUAGUUAAAUUUUAUUGUAAUGAUAUAAUUGAUACAGAUUCAUUUCGAUUUGAUGAUAGUGGUCUAUACUAUGCACCACCAGACGGAGACUAUGAAAGUUAUUUAAAUUAUAUUCGAAAUUUACCGUUGAAUAAUGAUCCGAACAUAUUUGGAUUUAAUUCAAAUGCUGAUAUUACGAAAGAUCAAAAUGAAACAGGAUUAUUAUUUGAAAAUAUACUUUUAACUCAGACCAAAGGUGCGUCAAGUGCAACUGGAAAAACACCUGAUGAUCUAGUGGGUGAAGUAGCAACAGAAAUCUUAAAUAAAUUACCACCGAAUUUUAAUAUUGAAGUAUCAAUGAGAAAAUAUCCAACAGAAUAUAAACAAAGUAUGAAUACUGUAUUAGUACAAGAAAUGGUUCGUUUUAAUCGUUUAUUAUCAGCUGUGCGACAAUCAUUAUUAGACGUACAAAAAGCGAUUAAAGGUCUUGUGGUGAUGUCAGCCGAAUUAGAAGAAGUAUUUAUGAGUGUAUUAAAAGGCAAAAUUCCCAAUACAUGGAAGAAAAAAUCUUAUCCAUCAUUAAAACCGUUGGGUUCAUAUAUUCUCGAUUUUGUAGCAAGACUGAAGUUUCUUCAGUGUUGUCCAAGUCAUGGGUCUACCACAGCCGUACCAAAAUCUUGUGAUUAUGCAUUUGAAAUGGCUUGUUCAACUGUUCGAUAUGGACAUGGGGUUACAGCAGAAUUAGGCCAUGAUAUUAAAAAUUUGGGUAUUAAACAUGUUGCUCUAUUUACUGACGAACGUGUACGUCAAUUAAAAACAUUUGAGACUGUUUUAACCGCAUUGCAAAGUAAAAAUAUUGAAUAUGAAUUGUUUGAUCAAGUGCGUAUUGAACCAACAGAUAAAAGUUUUAAACAUGCUAUUCAGUUUGCUGCUAAUGGAAAAUUUGAUGGAUAUGUGGCAGUCGGUGGCGGUUCUGUUAUGGAUACGUGCAAAGCAGCAAAUAUGUAUGCAUCAAAACCAGGUAAAGAUGUGCCGGAUUUUCUUGAUUAUGUAAAUCCACCGAUUGGAAAAGGUUUACCUAUUAGACAUCCAUUAAAACCUUGCAUUGCUAUUCCAACAACAGCCGGGACGGGAAGUGAAACAACAGGUGUGGCUAUAUUUGAUUUUGAAGAACAUCACGCUAAAACCGGUAUAGCACAUCGUUCAGCACGUCCAACGUUGGCUCUUGUCGAUCCAAACCAUGUUCAAUCGAUGCCGUCACGAGUGGCAGCUAAUUCAGGAUUUGACGUCUUGUGUCAUGCCAUUGAAUCUUAUACAGCUAUACCGUAUAAUCAACGAUCACCAAAACCAAAGGAUCCAAUUGAACGACCGACAUAUCAGGGAUCAAAUCCUAUUAGUGAUGUAUGGUCAAUCCAGGCAUUGAAAAUUGUCUCAAAAUAUUUCAAACGUGCUGUUAAGGAUUCAAAUGAUAAAGAAGCACGUGAUCAAAUGCAUUUAGCCAGUACAAUGGCGGGAAUAGGAUUUGGAAAUGCGGGUGUUCACCUUUGUCAUGGAAUGUCAUACGGAAUAUCGGGUAAUGUAAAAACAUACAAAGCAAAAGAUUAUCCACAAGAUUAUGCUCUUAUUCCUCAUGGAUUAUCCGUUGUUGUCACAUCUCCAGCUGUUUUUGAAUUUACGGCACCAGCGUGUCCAGAACGACAUUUAGAAGUAGCAUCAAUAUUAAGUGGAAAUAAAAGUCUGAAUAAUAGUCGAUUAGAGGAUGCUGGAAAAAUAUUAGCCGAUGUAUUGAGAGCAUUUCUCCAUGAUUUAAAUGUUGAUGAUGGAUUAAAAGCAUUUGGCUAUACGUCAGAAGAUAUACCAAUGUUGGUCAAAGCCACUAUACCUCAACAUCGUGUUACUAAACUGGCACCUCUGAUGCAUGACAGUGAUGAUUUGGCUCUUAUGGAUGAUAAAGAACCAAGUAUUCCACCUGAGGAUGGUGCUUAUAUAAAAGGUUUGUACUUGGAAGGAGCUCGUUAUGAUCGUAAAACACGCAAAUUAGCGGAAUCAUUACCAAAAAUUUUGUUUGAUACAAUGCCCGUUAUUUGGAUAUGGCCAGCUAAAAAAGAUGAAUUAGAACAAACUCCAUCUUAUACAGCUCCCGUUUACAAAACAACCGAACGUCGUGGUGUUUUAUCGACAACUGGUCAUAGUACAAAUUUCGUUAUAGGUAUGAGAAUUCCAACUGAUAAAACUGAAGCACAUUGGAUUGGUCGAGGUGUUGCAUUGAUAUGUCAAUUAGACAAUUAA